GCGCUGUGCUCCAAAUACCAGACCUAGAACUGGCCGGGAGAGGGUGGGAGGAAGCUGCAGCUCCUCGCUUCCAGAGCACGUCUCACGCAGCUGGAGGCGUGCCAUGCUGGCACCGGCUUGGCAAACCAUACGCCCCGCUGCCUGCUGUGAGUCACCGUUGUUACCGUCAGCAAAACCCUGCCGUAGCCCCUUUGUCUAAUCUUUUCUAUGGUCUUGUGAUGAGUAUUUUCUGUGCUUCACAGCUUUUAUUACUGCAGCCUUGUUAGUCCUUUUUUGUAGGCGUGAAGGAUUCUUCAUCUCCUAAGACACCGCAUGACCAAAGAGGAUGUCCAAAGCUGUUCCUGCUAAAAGCAGGAAUGAAAGCCAGAAACACAUCAUCGAUCUCGCGUACCACAGAGCCCAGGAGUUUAUUUUGGAUGGGAAGCAUAAGGAAGCAAUACCCGCAGCUCUGCAUGCCCUGCGUUUCAGCACUGAAGUGUACGGCUCAAAUUCUGUGCAACUGGUGCCUGCUUAUCUCCUCUUGGCUGAGGCCUUGGCUGGAGCUGGCCAUCCUCUGCAGGCAUCCAAAUAUCUCUCCCAAGCCGAGUGGAUUGUCCUCAAAACUCCAGACUGCAGCGUUGCUGUUCAGUGUAAACUACAGCGUUCUCUGGGGCUUUUCUGUGCUGCUGGAGGAAACUUUGACCAGGCUUUAUAUCACUUGGCAAAUGAAGUUUACCUGGUUAGUUCUAUGCUCGGACUAAAUUCUGUUGAGGCUGCCGGAGGGUAUUUCCACAUGGCUAACAUUUUCCUUCGCCAGAACAAAAUGGACGUAGCAAACUCACUCUAUGCUAAGGUAACCAGCAUCUGGCAUGCCUUUCUCCUGAAGUCAGUGCAAGCACAAGAGCAAGCGCUGCAGUCACAACCGGAAAUGUCUCCGUUCACCGAGGACAAGGAACUCAGUGAAGACCCUAUGACUAAAGCCCAGCAAGCCGAAGCGAUCCGAGUCCUGAGAACAGUUUUGGAUGUCAGGGAGGAGGCACCAAAGCAACAGCCGGGGGAAACUGCCAGGGUUUUACAUGCUCUUGCUAUGCUAUAUUACCUGGCCAAGGAUUUACCGAAGGCUGCUGAGACAGCGAUGAAAGCCUUGAACCUGGUGAAACAACUGCCCCAGCCGGAGUCCCUAGAAGCCAUCAGUCAUUUGUUAGAGCUGAUUGAAACCAAACCUUCCUAUUCCUCCACAAAAUAACUUGGCUUGGUUUCCCAAGUCUAUGGACAACAAAACCGUUACAGACCAUGGGCCCUCCCUGCUGCCACUUUCCCUUUCCAUCUCCAGGUGUCUGACAAUUAAACUUUUAUGAGAUCAAUUCAUUCUCAUGUGCUGAUCGACCCCUGUAGCGUUACGGAAUAACAGCAGGAGGGCUUGAAACGCAAGCGCAGCCAACACACAAUGCCGCAAUCGUUAUCUAAUGAUUCCUGACGAAGCCAAUGGCCUCUCCUGUCCUCACUUUGUCUGUCCAGAAGCUGAGAUGAAUUUGUUCCUGGUUUGCGCAAUUUGCCUUUUGGUUUAGUGAUGAAGAGGCAGUGGGAAGCAUGCAGGGAUGGUCCUCGCUGGCUGCCCAACCUGGAGGGUUCUAGCCCUCUCCCGGAGCCCUGGCUGGGCUCGAUCGGGCACCACACCUCCCUACAGCGCCCCUCCGCGUCCCAAGCCACGUUCCCUCUUUUGGCAGAGCUGUAGACGAGUCUCCUGGCGCUGAGGGACUCAUUUGUUCCACUUACGGAGGAACUCGCAUGCAAGAGGGACCAUUAGAACAGCACAAGGGACUCUAAGCAGCCUUGAGGAAAAGGAGUAAAAGGCCAAUUGGAGCUUCCAGCCCAAGGGAGAUGCAGGUUCCUCACGGCUGAGAGCUCAGCCGCACGUAGGCAUCCCAUUAACUCCGACACCAGCCUCAAGAGUUGGACAUUCCUUGGGUCACCAGGCGGUUCUGCCCCGAGCACCCUCCCAAGCCACAGCUCUUGCCCAGAGAGUAGGGCAGGGGACACGCGAGACCCUUCCAUAAAGGGAUGGGGCAGAAGGGCCAGAGGAGACCACGGAGCGCGAGCCGGGCUCUGUGCAGGGAAGCUCAGCUCUGACACCGAAGCAUGUGACAGGCUGGCACAGCUGGGAAAGGGGUGAAGGGAAACUCACCCCGCUGCGAACGUCUGGAUUCUGCAGAGCUUUAAGCCUGCGAUUAAGUCUCAUUUACUUCAGGAGGAUUAAUGAGAGCGUUUAAUUGCCUCACUGAAUUGGGAUGAAGUCAAGUACACUGUUUAAACACUUCGUCAAGCUGGGACCUGAGCAAUUAGCAGGGAUUGAUGCCGGUGAAGGGAAAGUCUCCACUUCAGCCAAUGUUCAUUACUGGUGGAACAGCAUCAGGGUACGCAAGGGGCCCCACGGCAAAGGGGCUGAGGUGGGAGACUCCAAGCAUUCCUAUGGGAGAUGCUGGUGGACACAUCCACCCUGGGCAGGUCUCUGCACGGCCAGACUGACUGUGGGAUGGGGAAUACCAGGAGGCGAUGGCGCCUGCUGGCACAGCGCCUAAGGGCAUGGAGGAUUUGGGUCACCGUGCCCGGGGAUUUGGAGCUGAGGGCUCAGUGAUGGCAGUCUGUAAUCCCUGGGGAUGCUCUGCAGCCAGGCCGAGCCUGCCGGCUGCGCUGCACCAGCGCCUCGGUGUCACCACUCGGGGCUGUUUAAUGCCAUAAAGAAUGGUGUGGAAAUGAACUCAGCCUGGAGCUGAGCUUCUCCAAGAGCAGCAACGGGCAAGGGCCAGGAAGGGAAACACGAGUGUGGGUGAGAGCAGGAGCUCUGGGCAAAUAAAGAGCAUUUUUGGGAACUUGGAAAAAAAUUUUCCAAGACCCAUUUCCCAGGAUGCUGCAGCAGCCAUUCCAGCACAUGCCCUUCCAAAGCUGGAAGUGACCAAGAUCAGCGUUUCUUCACCCAAAAGCAUUCAGACUCACCGCUCUGUCAGCUCAGGGUGGGGAUAAAAAAAGAAAACCCUGCCAAGAGCCAGCCCCCUUCUGCCCGGCCCUCAGACCUCCCUCCCGCAGUAAACACUCCUCAUAAUCCCCCAGGGAGAGGAAGAAGGGGCACAUUUUGGGGUCCAACAAGGGGCUUGAGCAGGUCAAGGCUCCAGCUGGGAACUCCCACAGCUCCAGGGCACCGAGUCCCCAGUAGGGCCACUCAGGGUAAUUUCAACCUGCUCAGGCACUGAAGGGGGGCAUUUAUGACCAGGAGAGCUGUUCCCGUGGAGGAAAAGCUUUGCUAAGCUGGGAAAGAGCCACUCAUGAGUGGCUGGGUAAGCUCCACGCCGCCCGUUUGGCUGCAGCUCCCCAGAUGGACGGCUCCAUGUGGAGCAAGGAGCAGAGCAGCUCCCAUCCCAGCAAACCCCAAAUAUAGGAAUAACUGUGAGCCUCAGCUCCAAACCAGGUCUGCAGGGCCUGUGUUCAUCUCCAAACCAGUGCUGGGGGGAAGCAGACUUCCCACCAUGCUCCCACAGCCGGCUCCGGCAGCGGGAUUUCUCCUUUCCCCUCCCUGCUGCAGGGAAUCACAAAGGAGUUGGGUCAGAUCUGGCCCACGCGACAGCGUUUAAGCACAAGGAGGAUGCUAUGAUGGAGGGGAGCUGUGCUGCUCCAGGUAUUCCCGACCAUCCCCACCUCCCGGAGCAAAGCCCGGGAAGAAUCCCUUCCAGUAGCGAUAGGGAGAGCUUGGCAAAGCUGGAAAAAAAAGGCACCAGGGAGGGCAGGGUGGGUCGCUGCAUCCAUUCCGUUUAUUGUUAACACACCACACACCUUUCUCUGUUCUCUUGGCACUUGUGUUUAUGGAUUUGCUUUACAAAACCACCCUGGCGGGAAACGCUGAGGCGACUUCACCACCAGGGCAACUUCACCACCGGGGCCUUUGGGUCCGUCCCCCCCUCCCCCCUCCUUUAUUUUCAGCACUUCCAAACCAGACAAAUAAAUAAAAAACCCACCUUACUAUUUAUAAAAACCCUGCCGGUCACUUUGGGAAUGUGCCAGGAGCUCCCACAGCAGCAGAGGGGAUACUUUCCGUGAAGGGUAGGGGGUUCAGCUGUGGCUGAGGACAGUAUUUCUCCGGUUUUUAAUCCACUACAGCCUGGAAAUUCAGUGCAACAAAAUACAACUACAGUGCAGGAACUCUACAAAACUCCUCCUCUCCAUGUAUAAAGCUUCUCCUCGGUCACUAUCGGAACUCUACCUUUGCCUCUGUACCUUUUUGUAUACAUUAUACAGUGGGAAUAUACUCCGGGAAUAUUUACAGUACGUUGCUUGUCGAAUCAGGAACGCUAUAACUUAAACAUCUCUACUAUUAACAACCAUUGAACAAAAAUAUAUAUAAUAUAAAUAUCUUCCAGUCUAUACACAGAGCGGGGAGAAAGGGACGUGUCCGCGUGGCGCUGGGGUUGUGGCAAGGCCAGGGAUGCUGUCAUAGCGAGCGGCUGCCGGAGCUUCGCCGCUGGGCAAAUAUUGCCAAGAUUAAACCAAAAACCAAAGAGAUUCCCCCCUCCCCUUUUUCCCCCUCCCGGAUGAAAUUCAGGUGAAGGAGAUGAGAAGCCACUGGCGGAGA